AUGAGUGAGAAGGAGCAGGCUUAUAGCUCCGCAGUGGCGGAUGAAGCCUCCCCCGAGGUGGCUGCCGUUCAUCUUAAGCACCUGAAAGAGCAGCAUCAUUGGGACCCUAACUUGCCGGAUGAGAUUGCCGAUGAGAUCGAUGAAGCCCUCACCACGGACGACAAGGGUGCCCGCGUGGGCAUGACGGCGGAGCUCCUCGAAAACUCGCCCUACCCCGAGGUGCGCGCUGCGGUGGCCAACUUCGAUGAAGGAGGCCAUACCAACACGAUUCGUGCCUGGACAAUCGGAAUGCUCUUUGCAACUAUCGGUUCGGCGCUCAACAUGCUGUUCUCCAUGCGUGAUCCCUACAUUGUCAUUCCCUCCUACGUCGCCCAGGUCGUCGCCUACCCCGUGGGUGUGGCGUGGGCCAGAUGGAUGCCCGCCACACAAUUCAGUUUCUUUGGUAUCCAGUGCAACCUGAACCCCGGCCCCUUCAGCAAAAAAGAGCACUGUCUCAUCGUCGUCAUGGCCAAUGCCACCUUUGGUGGUGGUGCGGCCUACGCGACAGACGUCUUGUUGGCCCAGCGGGCCUUUUACAAAGAGCGCUACGGGUGGGCAUUUGAGAUCUUCAUGUGUAUCUCGACCCAGAUGCUCGGAUUCGGUAUGGCUGGGUUCUUCCACCGCUUCUUGGUCACCCCGGCUGCCAUGAUCUGGCCGUCCAACCUCAUUAACUGCACUCUCUUCACGGCACUGCACGACCACAGCAAGCCCGAUCCAAGCAAGGUCUCCGGAUGGAAAAUUGGCAAGUACCGGUUCUUCCUCUAUGUCAUGAUUGGGUCCUUCUGCUGGUACUGGAUUCCGGGCUUCAUCGCCCCAUUUCUCAGUAUCUUCGCCUGGGUGACCUGGAUCAAACCCCAGAAUGCCGUCGUCAACCAGCUCUUCGGCGGUGCCACCGGCCUGUCGCUGAUCCCGAUGACCUUUGACUGGACCCAGAUCUCGGGUUUCAACUUCAGCCCGCUGAUUGCGCCGUGGCACGCCAUCGCCAACACCCUUAUCGGUAUGUUUAUUUUCUUCUGGGUCGUCACCAUUGGCAUGCACUACAGCGGCAUAUGGUGGUUCAAGUACUUGCCCAUCAGCGAUUCCAACAGUUACGACAACACUGGUGCGCAGUACAAUGUUUCCCGGAUCAUGAACGCGGAUUACACGCUCAACCUCAAGGCGUACCAGGAGUACUCGCCGCUCUUCCUGUCGACGACCUUCGCUCUCUGCUAUGGUCUGUCGUUUGCGAGCAUCAUCGCUAUUCUGGUUCACACGGGUCUGUUCCACGGUAAGGAACUGUGGGUGCGUUUCCGCAACUUCGGCAAGGAGGAGGAGGAUGUCCACUCCCGCCUGAUGGCCAGGUACAAGCCGGUGCCACUCUGGUGGUAUGGUGCGGUCACUCUGAUCAUGAUCGGAAUCGGCUUGGGUAUGGUUCUGGGAUACCCGACGCAUCUGAGCUGGUGGGCCUUCUUCGUUUCGCUGAUCAUGGCCGUGGUGUGGUACGUGCCCAUUGGUAUCGUGCAGGCUGCCACCAACAUUGCCAUCGGUCUGAACGUGUUGACCGAGUUCAUUGUCGGUUACAUCCAGCCUGGAAAGCCCAUGGCGAUGAUGUUGUUCAAGACUUACGGCUACAUGAGUAUGUACCAAGGUCUCUACUUCAACCAGGAUAUGAAGCUAGCUCAUUACAUGAAACUGCCUCCCCGAGUUACCUUCUCGGCUCAGAUGGUUGCGGCUUUGUGGUCCUCGCUCGUGCAAAUUGCCGUCAUGAACUGGGGUCUGGCCACGAUCAAGGACGUGUGCAGCGAACACCAGGCCAACAACUACACCUGCCCCAACGGCCGUGUGUUCUACCAAGCCUCCGUCAUCUGGGGUCUCAUCGGCCCCCAGCGCAUCUUCUCCCCGGGUCAGCUGUACUCGCCUCUCAUGUGGUUUUGGCUGGUCGGCGCCCUUCUGCCAAUUGCCAUCUACCUCGGUGCUCGCAUGUGGCCUAAGAGCCCGAUCCGCUACAUCAACGCCCCCUUGAUCUUCGGCGGUGCGGGUCUGAUUCCCCCGGCCACCCCCCUGAACUACCUGGCCUGGGGUAUGGUGGGCAUUGUUUUCAACAAGUGGAUCCGCGACCGCUGGCGUGGCUGGUGGAUGCACUACAACUACGUCCUGUCUGCAGGCUUGGACGUCGGCUUGGAUCUGUGCACGAUCCUGAUUUUCUUGACGCUGGAUCUGACCAGCACCAGCUUCCCGACCUGGUGGGGUACCAGCAUCACGGGCGCAACGAUGGAUAUGCAAGGCACUGCGGUGCAGAAGUUCGUCGCGGACGGAGAGACCUUUGGUCCGAAGACUUGGUAG